UCUCCUCUCCCUGCUCUUUUCUACCAGCAUGGCGUACAUUGCUACCAGAGAAAACUGCUGCAUAUUAGACGAACGAUUUGGUAGCUACUGCCCAACGACCUGUGGCAUUGCAGAUUUCUUUAAUAAAUAUCAUCUCACUAUGGAUAAUGAACUGCAGGAAAUAGAGAGAAUUUUGCGGCAAAUUACUAACUCCACAGGAACAGUGGAACAUUUGAUUCAAAACAUCCAAACCCUCUAUCCUCCAGAGAAGCAGACGCUACCAAAUUCAGUUGAGGAUUUCACUCGUAAGUCCAGGAAAAUAAUUGAAGAAAUUAUCAGAUAUGAAAACACUAUUUUGUCUCAUGAAACUACUAUACAACAGUUGACAGAUACACAUAUAUUGAACAGCAACAAGAUCGCGCAGCUGAAACAGAAGAUUGCCCAUCUUGAAGCACAGUGUCAGGAGCCAUGCAGAGACACGGCUGAAAUACAGGAGACAACUGGAAGAGAUUGUCAAGAUAUUGCAAAUAAAGGUGCCAGAAAAAGUGGUCUUUACUUUAUCAAGCCUCAGAAAGCCCAGCAGUCAUUCCUAGUCUACUGUGAGAUUGACUCAUAUGGCAACGGCUGGACAGUUUUACAGAGGAGACUGGAUGGGAGUGAAGAUUUCAAGAAAAAUUGGGUUCAGUACAAGGAAGGAUUUGGACAUCUGUCUCCAGGUGACACCACUGAGUUCUGGCUGGGCAAUGAAAAGAUUCAUUUAAUAACUACGCAGUCCACUCUGCCAUACACUUUACGAAUAGAACUGGAGGACUGGAAUGGCAAAAAAAGCACUGCUGACUAUGCUGUGUUCAAAGUGGGAAGUGAACAGGACAAGUAUCGACUGACUUAUGCCUACUUUAUCGGUGGUGAAGCCGGGGAUGCCUUUGAUGGCUUUGACUUUGGAGAUGAUCCAAGUGACAAAUCUUUUACGUCCCAUAACGGCAUGCAGUUCAGUACCUAUGAUAACGACAAUGAUAAAUUCGAAGGCAACUGUGCUGAGCAAGAUGGAUCCGGAUGGUGGAUGAACAGAUGUCAUGCUGGCCACCUCAAUGGCAAAUAUUAUAUAGAUGGUGUGUACACAUCAAAAGAUGCUGGUCCAUCCGGAUAUGACAAUGGCAUUAUCUGGGCAACCUGGCGUGACCGGUGGUACUCCAUGAAGAAAACUGCAAUGAAAAUCAUCCCAUUCAACAGACUGUCAGUAGAUGGACAGCAGCACAACUUAGGCAGCUCCAAACAGGUUGGAGACUCAUAAAGGGACAAUUUCACAAAGACUGGUCUGAACAGGGAAAACAAAUCUUUUUAUCUCUUAGACACUGAAUUUGCCUAACAUUAUGCAGUUCAGUUUUGACUAUAAAACACCAUUGACUGUAAAAUGCCCAAGCCUCUUCACUGUGCAGUGCUUACCCCUGUACAUGGUUAUAUUUUUCUGUACAAAUUCUCAAUAAAUUUUUGAUUAUAACAAAAAAUAUGAA